UUAGUGAUACACCAAAUGCAGACUUGGUCAGAGGUCCCAGAGAAGUAAAGUUAAAGUAUUUGAUCAUCAAGAAGGAAGUGUGUGUUUUGUUCUUGUUGAGAACGUGUUAGGAUUGCUAUCCAUUUUAUUUUUCAAUGACUGGAUGGGAACACCCAGCAAGUGAUACGAAACUGCGGUGCCAUCCUUCCACAGAAUUAUUGGUACAAUUAAGUUCAUCGUCUGUUCUUGCAUACAUAUUCCACAGAGAUUAUUCCAAACUGGAAAAUUUCAUCAGGUCCUAACUAGGAUUGAGAAUUGUAAGUAGAACGUCCUGUGGAAAUGCCGUUAAUCAAAGAGGAGCAGAAUUUGGAGGAGGAUCUUUUUGAAAACACGGAUGAAGGGUCUUCACUUGCAGAUCCUUUAGAAGUCAAGACAGAACCAGAAUAUUUUAACCAUAGUGUAUUUGUUGUGGACUGUUCGUCCCAACCUGUCAAGUCCGAGGACAGUUCACCAAGCUGUGAUGAUGAAAGGGGAAAGAAGAUCUGUAUUGCAGAAGAAAAUAGACAUUUGGAUGGAACAAAAGUAUUUUCAAAGCGAAGCAACAAAGCAGGGAAGGAAAUAACAUGUGCUGAAUGCCAAAGGACAUUUUCAAAGAUGUCCCGCCUGAAAACCCACAUGAGAACUCAUACAGGAGAGAAACCAUAUACUUGCUCUGUAUGUCAAAAAAGUUUUUUUGAUUCAAGUACUCUCACAAAACACAUGAGAACUCAUACAGGAGAGAAAGCAUAUACUUGCUCUACAUGUCAAAGACAUUUUUCUUGUCAAAGUCACCUCAAAAGACACAUGAGAACUCAUACAGGAGAGAAACCAUAUACUUGCUCUAUAUGUCAAAGAAGUUUUUCUUUUCAAAGCGCUCUCAAAACACACACGAGAAUUCAUACAGGAGAGAAACCAUAUACUUGCUCUAUUUGUCAAAGAAGUUUUUCUCAAUUAAGUCCUUUCAAAACACACAUGAGAACUCAUACAGGGGAGAAACCAUAUACUUGCUCAAUAUGUCAAAGAAGUUUCUCUCGUCCAGGUGAUCUCAAAAUACACACGAGAACUCAUACAGGAGAGAAACCGUAUACUUGCUCUAUAUGUCAAAAAAAAUUUUCUCAAUCAAAUAAUUUCAAAACACACAUGAGAUCUCAUAGAGGAGAGAAACCAAAUACUUGCUCUAUAUGUCAAAAAAGUUUUUCUCGUCUAAAUAAUCUCAAAAAACACAUGAGAACUCAUACAGAAUAGAAUAGAACCACUCACUUGCUCUGUCCGUCAAAGUUUUUCUGCUUCAAGUCAUCACAAAACGCACGGGAACUUGUACUAGUCAGAAACUGUAUACUUGAUCUUUGUCCAAGUAGUUUUUCUGAUUCUGAAAUUCUCAAAAGACACAUUAGAAGUCAUUGUAGAGAUGGGUUAGUCUCCAGUCUUAAUGUAAAAAAUGUUACACGACUUCAAGUACCUUGAAGUGACUCAUGAAAAUUUUUAAUAUCUAGAGGGCAAUUUAAUGUACUGAAUCCUAAAAAGAUUUUUAGUUAUUUGGUAUCAUCACUUUCUUGUGUUCUUUAAAAGGAAAAAUAAAGUCCACAGUAGUAUAUAUGUAGUAUAUUGCUAAAUACAGGUAGCUUUUGCCAACUUGAUCAGUUAGCCUCCUCAGCCUGAAUAAACAUAGAAAUAAUAAUACAUUUAGGAGAACCUGCUUGAAAAAUGGAAAAACUGCUUAUUAUUCUUUCAGGUAACUCCAGAAUUGCUCUAUGGUCUGUUGUUGGUCAUACUGCUUGUCGGGUUCCCAAAAUUGGCGAAUUAGGUGGUUCUUCGGUUGUUCCAGAAAUUGCUCUUACAUUAUUAAUUACUUCAGCAGGGCAUAAUGCAGAAGCAGAAGCAGGUGGAGCAUUCAGAAAAGAAUCUAAAUUUAUUUUGGCAGCUGAACAAACAAACUUCUUAGCGUAGAAAUCUUCCCGAGUAUAUGGUUUAUUAUUCUCAAAAGUUGAAUUUGUAAGGGGCCCCUCUACGACCCUACGCUUGCCAAUAUUGCUACUCCUUUACAAUAUUUCAGCAUUUAACCAAUCUAGCCCUUGGGUUCACCUUCUUAAGUCCUGUACACGCCAAUUUAUGCAUGGGGUUUACGGAAUCAGAAUUUAUACUAUUUGUCCCAAAAAUAUUAGACCUUUCGUUUGGUUUAGAUAUAUUGACGAUGUCUUUAUUAUUUAUAUCAGAAAGGGAUAGAUAAAUUCAAUGAAUUGUUAACUUAUGUAAACAGUUUAGUUCCAUCAAUAAAGUUUGCUGUGGAAUAUGAAAAUAAUAAUAGUUUACCUUUCUAGAUGUAAUAUUUCACCACAAUCCGGAUACCUUUUCUUUCACUUUUGAAGUAUAUUGUCAGCCAAGUUAUUCAUAAAUGUAUAUUCAUUAUUUUUCCUACCAUAGUUCUAGUGUAAAGUCUAAUCCCAUAGUGAAUUUAGUUACUAGAGCCCUUAGAAUCUGUGACCCUUGUUACAUUGAUGAGGAAUGUGAACAUUUAACUUAAGUUUUUCUUGAUUUGGGUUAUCCAAAGUAUUUCAUAACUCAGUGUUUUCUAGAACAAAAGGUAACUAUACUACAAUCCCAAAAUAAGGAAAAAUUUGAUGUCACUAACACUUUAGAGCGCCUCAGUGGCGUGGUUGGUGUGGUAUUGACGUCCCACCACGGUGGUCACGGGUUCGAUUCUCGGCCAUUCCAUUGAGGAGUGAGAGAUGUGUAUUUCUGGUGAUAGAAGUUCACUCUCGACGGGGUUCGGAAGUCACGUGAAGCUUUUGGUCCCGUUGCUGAAUAACCACUGGUUCCAUGCAAUGUAAAAAAAACACCAUACAAACAAACACUUUAAUUUUGCCAUAUCACCAAUCAUUAUCUGGGGCAAAAAAUUUCAUGCAACAUAAUACAUUAUCAUCCAAAAGGGGGAAAUUAGUCUUUAGUUAUAAGAUUUCUGUAGUAGUCAGGUUAUAAGAGAUAGGAAAAUUAAAAGUUGAGAAUAUCUUAGUUUUCCAGACCACUGAGCUGUUUAACAGCUCUCCUAGGGCUGACCCGAAGGAUUAGAUAUUUUUACAUGGCGCUAAGAACCAAUUGGUCACCUAGCAACGGGACCUGCAGCUUAUUGUUGGAUAUGAAGCACAUUAUAUAGAAAUUAAUUUCUAUCACCAGAAAUAAAUUCCUUUGAUUCCGCGUUGGCCAAGCCGAGAAUUGAACUUCGUUCCACCGGAUUGGUAGAUGAGCGUAAAAACCACUCUUCUAAUGACAAACCUAAUAGGAAAAUGGUGCCACCAAUAAGGUAGUUGGUGUUUAUUUACCUUUCAAAGACUGCAAUAAAAGAUCUUAUAGUGGAACAGGAAGAGAACUUUCUAUUCGUGUAGAGGAACAUAAGCAAGAUUGCAGAAUAGGAUCCCAGAAAAGUAUAGUAGCAAAACUUAAUUUGGAAUUGGUCCAUAGGAUAGAUUGGUUAAAUGCUGAAAUAUUGUAUAGGAGUAGCAAUAAUGGCAAGCAUAGGGUCAUAAAUUUAAUGUGUACUUUUGAUAAUAAUAAACCAUUUACUCAGGAAGAUAGAUUUCCACACUAAUAAGUUGGGUAUGUUUAGCUGCAAAAAUAAAUUUAGAUUCUCUUCCGACUACUCCACCUGCUUCUGCUUCCCCAUUAAGCCCGUAAGAGCAAUUUCUUGAACAACCGAAGAACCCCCCUAAUUUGGCAGGUUUGGAAACCCGACAAGCAGUACGACCAACAACGAAUAUGCCAGCCUCUUAACAUGGUAAUAGUAGACCAUCGAGCAAUUCUGGAGUUACUUGAAUGAAUAAUAAGCAGUUUUUCCCUUUUUCAAGCAUGUUCUCCUAAAUGUAUUCUGAUUAGAUUUUUAGUAUUCCUCUGCUCUCAAAAACCUUAUAAGAUAUGGCAUUCACUUAUGAGGGCCAAAGGAGAUAUUUUGAAUCAAGGUGUCUUAAAAGGUGCGUGAAAACUUAUAUAUUAUAUAUAUAUAUAUACUAGAAAAAAUCAUAUAUGUUCAACUAACCAAGUGGAAACAAAAAGAAUGAUUUUUCAUUAAACACCAAUGAAAAUUAAGUGCAGUUUUAUUUGAUUAUGACUUUUUUCAAAUGUUCUUGGUUUCGGUAUCCUACAAAGAAUGUGUUAUCGCAUUAGUGAAUCCUAAUGCUUUGUAUUAGCCCACUGGAGACAAUGGGCUGACUAAACUACUGUAUGUGUUACCAGUUUGAAGUGUUGACACAUUACUUGCCAGUCCCCAGUUAUAGGCCGGGCUUCCGUUCUCGGCAGGGUGCUGAUAAGCAAAAACCGCCGUUAACCGAUUGGAAGACAGCUUCCCUGGGUCCUCCUCGGUCUCCCCACUGCCCCAAGAGCCAACGGUGCCCACCAGCGCCUUCUUGAUACAGAGACCUGCCUCUCCCGUCCAUUCACCAGAGGACCAAGGGCGCCCACCAUCUGCUCCAUCCUUCCCCACCACAGAUACGCCUCCCUCCUCCAGGAGUUUCCGGACGUCUUCGGCCCCGAGCUUCGCCAGGUGGCUGGGGCCGCACCCAAGCAUGGUGCCUUCCACCAUAUUGAAACCAAAGGCCCAACACACGCCAAGUUCCGCCGCCUCCCACCAAAGCUCCUUCAGGAAGCCAAGACCGCUCUCAGAGAAAUGGAGAAGAUUGGGAUCUGUAAAAAGGCAGCAAUCUCCGAGGGUGUCCUUUCUCCACAAUGGUGAAGAAUGCAGGCGUUGCGUUGAGGCCCUGCUGUGACUACCGGCGCCUGAACCUCGUCACCAUGCCUGACAGCUACCCGUCCUCGAAAAAUGCCAAAACAUGCUUGGAAGCUGAUGGGAUCCAUUAAUGGAGUCAGUGUCGUCCUCUAAAUGGAGCUUUCAGAGAUCUAAACUGUGGCGCCGUAUUGAUUCCGCUAAAGGUUCUCUGAAGGUAAGCAACCGUAAUUAGUCCGUUAAAGGCUGGGCCUAAACUGCUGUGUCACCGACUGAAGAAGGUCACCAGUUGUGAGGACCAGAUAGUAAGGCAGACAAACUGGGUUGACAUGGACAUGUGCGGAUGGAUAAAUAGUACUCACUCGCACCAAAAGCAGAAAUGACUCUUGAGACAGUAGAUUUGUUUUCUUACAGACGUACAUUCAAAGAUAAUGAGAUAUACAAAUAAUGGUAUUACAUGAGUUAUACAUUGGCGGAAAGGAGCUCAUGAUGCUCUAUAGAAUGGUUAAAGGAACAAUGCUGAUUGAUGAUUAGAUACAAUAAAAAAUAGGGAAAAGCAUUGUCCUUACGGUAACAUAAAUUCAAGAUCCAAGAAAACCAAAAUACCACACUUAUCUUCAUCCUUCGUUUCCAAUAGGUCAUUUAGUACCACUGAACAUAUAAUUGUUUCGGUUGAAUAUAAUUGUCUGUAGUAUGCUAACUGGCAAUCGGGAAUAACACUAACUAUUUAAUAAGUGAUCCACUAAUUGUGUAAAGAUCGCUAGUCCAUAAUUUAUAUAUAUAUAUAUAUAUAAGCAAUUUGAUGCAGGCCUAUAUGAGCUCAUCUGGUAAUCAACAGUACCCUUUAAAACAUGGCUUACAACUGCAAUUUUCUUAGUUAUAGGGAAUUUUCAUUCAGAAAUGUAGCAAUUUACAAUCUUCAAAAUCACAUAAUCAAAAGACAAAGUUCUCUGCUGCAACUAUUUCUGAUAUAAGUAUGAAGACAGGAGCAAUUACUCAUAGAAUAAAUAUACUAUAUUCGAAAAUGAAGAAGCGUUCUGUCCUUUAUCCAUUUAUUAGCGCCAAAGUUUCUUAUCAGCUUGUUACAUUUUCGAGACUGAAAUUGCAAGUAGGUACAUAUCAGUUGCAUAUAAGCAGUAAAAGAUAUAUACAUUUAAUGUUUACUAACGCCAUAAUUUUAAACCUAUUUAAAUCUUUUUAUAUACAAUAAAUAAAGAAUAAAAAUGUAAUAAAAAAAAGAAACAAAGAACAACAGUGAAAGGGCCAAGAGCUAAUAAAAAAAAAAAAAAAAAGACGCCCCCCACAGCUGUAGCGUAAGGAAGACAAAAAAUGGUUAUUGAGGGAAUUGGUGAUUAAUUCAAGGGUAGUUCGCUCGUGUAUAUGUCGAGAACUUCGUACAAAAUCAAAUUGACUGGGAUCCAAGUGUGUGUUGCAACUUUUACUAUGAUUUCCUAUGUUGGAUUGUUCUGGAUUUGGUAGUCGACAACCCGUUCUGUAGCUAAUUCCUUGAUGAGAGGAAAUCCAGACUUUUAGCAGCAGCCUCCUGGUGCAACCGAUGUAAGUGCCGAGAUCACAUCUGGGACAAUUAUACUUAUAAAUGACACCGGAGGUGAACAGGGCGCUGAUCUUAUCCUUAGCUUGGAAGAGUGAUUGAGCCGAUAGUUCGGGGGUUUAUCGGCAUUAGUUUUAAACUAAGGGCAGGUAAUUGUUUUUUGAAUAGGCUGAUACAUUUUUUCUACAUUUAUUUUUAUGCAAGAAAGGGAAAUCUAGCAAACAUACGGAGCUUGAGGACACUAUGGACUAUUGGGGGUGGAUUUCAAGUUAAGUAGCUUGUUAAGGGAUCUAUGAAAAAUUGCUGAAGGUUAAUAAUUAUUCUUUAAAGUAACCAGCAAGGAAAGUAACUUCAGUGUGAAAGGUAGACCACCUUCUAUAAGUACCAGUAUGAAAGCCAUACUCGUCCUUAGAUAUCCUCACAUCAAGAAACGGAAGUGAAUUCUGUGUGUGUUAAUUGUUUCAACUGUAAAUCUAAUGUUCGAGCGCCUCAGUGGCGUGGUUGGUUUGGUGUUUGCUUCUCGCCUCAGUGGCCGCGGGUUCAAUUCUUGGCCAUUCCAUUGAGGAGUGAGAGAUGUGUAUUUCUGGUGAUAGAAGUUCGCUCUCGACGUGGUUCGGAAGUCACGUAAAGCAGUUGGUCCCAUUGCUGAAUAACCACUGGUUCCAUGCAACGUAAAAACCAUACAAAAAAAAAAAAAAAAAAAAAAAUCUAACAUUCAGGUGUUCUUUAGAUAUUCAAGAAAGGUAUCAGCACGGUAAUCGGUAAUCGCAUCUGGACAGGGGCAAAAGUGUCAGCUACGUAUAGCUUUUUUAUAAGAGUGGCCGGAAAUUAGGGGGACAUAAAUCCAGAGCUUGCUCCUUCAGGGAACACACAAAUAUGUUAGCAAAAGUAGGACCCAGAGGUCUUCCCAUGGCCAUCCCCUCAGUCUGCUCAGAAAACAUAUUAUUGCAAAAACAAAGGGCAUGUCCAGCAUGGCUAAUUCUAGAAAAGUCUUCAAUUGGGUUCUAUCAAAACUUGAACGAGGAAACAUAAACAUCAGUGGGGAAUAGCCUAUCUAAAAUGACGUCAAUAGUCUCGACAUGGAGAACAUUGUUAACAGAGAUUCCACAUAAAAGCUCGCCAUGUGCAGGCAGAUUCCUGCGUGGUAGUGUCGUGUUAGUUUAUUCACACGAUUCUACGCAUGUGUCAAAUCCCUUGAUUCAGGGGGUUGAUGAUCACAGUGACUAAAAAUUCUCAUUUAUUUUCUGAGUUACAAUCCCUAUAAAUUCAACGGGAGAAACUAGAUUUUGUUUCUAUAUUUCAGCUUUUUCAUCCCUUUGCAUUAUCUUUUUGACAAGUAAAAAGUAAUCAGACGAUGUACUGGAGAAAUUGUACAUCUCUCCUCAACUUUUAUAUUAAUAACACUUGGAUUUAUAGCACCACAUAAAACCAGGUCUAACGUUUGAACACACAUAUUGCAGUAGUCAUUUACAUUUCAUAUGACAAUGCGACGCCAAGUAUAUCAUUGAACGCUUCGACACCUUCACAGGUUGGAUCAUCCAUUCCACGGUCUAGUUACAACAGGUCAGCCAGCGUGCAGCUUUGGGUAUGAAUCACCAAUACCGUGACUUCACAUGCCCUGGUCUCUCACUCGUGGUUAACCAAAACAAUGCUUUUAUUUGCUACCCAGAGUCGUAAGGUAAACAACCGAACUCGUUGUGUGUGCCCAUAUAUCUUUUUAUUCAUUCAUUUAGUCUAUCAGCUAUAAUGCCAAGUAACUAUACGUGGUAUUUGGCUGUUCUAAUACACGUGAAAAAUGAAAAACUCCAAUAUAUAAUACCAUCGUUUUCCAAAAGAAAAACCAUGCAAAGACCAUUUGGUACAUACAUGCUUGUUGUCGUGCAGACAGAGUUAACGUUGUGUUCUC